AAGAAGCACGCGGCACCAGCGAGCGACGUGGAUGUUUGGAGUCGUUCGAUCCGCCUCGGCUGUCGCCCGGGAAUUUCGCGGCGAGAGAACCGCGGAAUCGAUCACCCCCUCCCCUCCGCACGAUCAUCCUACUGUCCUCUUCGUCCUUCUCCCUUCCUCCUCCUCCUCGUCGUCAUUGUCUGUGUGAGACGGCCACACAGGCGAGAAGUCCAGGGGGCAUCGCAACCGCCUGUCGCAGUAAUUGGUGAUCUGACUUCGACCAUCUGCUCACAAUACCUGAGAACCUCGUAUAAUAAAGGGCCAUGCUGUGGGGGAGCGGGUGAUCGCACGCAGCUUCUAUCAUGGGGGCGCAAAGCAGCAGCAUCAGCGAGCUGACGGACAACGAGUACCUACGGCGUCUCGCCAGCGCCGAGCCCGUCUCGCACAACGAUCCCUUCUGGAAUCAGCUGCUCUCCUUCUCCUUUGCAACACCCACCAACAGUUCGGAUUCCAGACUUCUGGAGGAAGCCACGGAAUCAAUCUGCAAGAGCCUGAUAAACAACAAUCCUCGCACGGGAAACUUUGCCGCGCUCGUGAAUGUAUUCAUCAGCAGAACCAAAGAACUGAAAAUCUCUGCAGAAUGCCAAAAUGAGCUGUUUAUCUGGCAGGCGCACAAUGCCCUGUUUAUUGUGCGCUGCCUCAUCAAGGCACUCCAGAGCCACACGAGCGAGGAGGAGCUUACGAUGCACUUCACCUACAGCCCUGUCACUCCAGGCUCCUGCCUAGAAAGUGAAAGUGAAGGUGGCUCUCUGCUGGAGGACAUGGUCUUGCACCUUAUUCACCUCAUCAUUGAAGUACCUCUGCUGGACAUCACGUACUGCAUUCACCUGGAGGCGGUUACGACGUUGAUGGUGCUGCUGGCGGCACAGCUGCACCAGCGGCACGUGGUGCGGGAUGGGCCCCUCUACUACCUCUUCACGCAGGGGCGCAGCUGUGAGCUGGCCAGCCGCCUGGUCAAGGCCCUCAUGUACCACUUCAUCAGGCAAGAGCGAUGUCCCCCCCACAUCAGCAGCCCCAGCGCCCAUGCCCGGGGCAGCGGCCUCCUCUCGGGACUUGCCUCUGGACUGUGGACCGUGCUGACGUUGGGCGGUGCGGCGUCAGGCGGCAAACUGGCCGCCCCGCAGCAGCACGCUGAGGGGUCCUCGCCGCUGGCCAAUCAGAGCCUCUUGUUACUGCUGGCGCUGAUGAACCUGAGCGAGACAGAGGAGCAGGCCAACCCAUAUCGCCGAGCGCUCUUGUCCUUCCACAACACGCAAGACAAAGCGCCGCAGGAGCAGCCCACAUUCCAGAUCAACUUCAACAGCCUGUACACGGCGCUGUGCGAGCGGCAAGGCACCGACGAGGCCACUCUCUUCCUCUAUCUGCUGCUGCAUCAGAACACCAACGUGCGCACUUAUGUGCUGGCACGCACCGACACCGAGACGCUGGUGCUGCCCAUCCUGCAGACGCUGUACCACGCCGAACAGAAGAACUCGCACCACGUGUACAUGUCGCUCAUCGUGUUGCUCAUCAUGAGCGAGGACGACGCGUUCAACUGCUCGGUGCACGAGGUGAUGCUGAGGAACGUGCCGUGGUACACAGAGCGCGCACUCUCCGAGAUCUCCCUGGGCAGCCUCCUCAUACUGGUCGUCAUCCGCACCAUCCAGUACAACAUGACGCGCACGCGGGACAAAUAUCUGCACACCAACUGCCUGGCUGCCCUCGCCAAUAUGUCUGCCCAGUUCCACUCGCUGCAUCAGUAUGCUGCCCAGCGCAUCAUGAGCCUCCUGGAACUGCUGUCACGGAAACACAACAAGGUGCUGGAGCAGGCGACACAGAUGCACGGCGCAUCCCUGGGCGAGGACGGGAGCCCCUCGCUGCCCGACUACGCGCAGGACCUGACGGUGAUCGAGGAGGUGAUCCGCAUGAUGCUGGAGGUGGUGAACUCGUGCUUGUGCAGUUCUCUGCAGCACAAUCCGAACCUGGUCUAUACGCUGCUCUACAAGCGGGAGCUCUUCGAGCAGUACCGCGCGCAGCCCGCCUUCGCCGACGUUAUGCAGAACAUCGACACCGUGAUCUCUUUCUUCGGGGCCCGCUUGGAGCAGGCUGGCACAGGGCUGUCUGUGGACCAGGUGGUGGACGUCAUCAAGCAAGGAGCCAUCCUUCUUCCAAAGGACAGGCUAAAGAAAUUCCCCGAGCUCAAGUUCAAGUACGUGGAGGAGGAGAGCCCCGAGGAGUUCUUCGUCCCCUACGUCUGGUCGCUCAUCUACAACACCGCCGUGGGGCUGCACUGGUCUCCACGCCAGAUUCAGCUCUUCCCCGUCGAUUGCGUUUGACGACAACUGUCGGGACACAUGCGGUGGUGGGCGCAAGGUAGUGGGUAGGCCGUGGGUUUGGGAGGAGACCCCAUAUGUCGUUUGGGGUGCAGUGCCCCCCUGCUCCCCCCCCCCACCCAUCUUAUCCAUGACCACAAGCUUCCAACAAAUUUCAAAGCGGCACCGUACCCUUACCAGUCCCGUCCCCCCACCCCCUCCAACAUCCGAAGACGCAAACGCUCGAAGUGGCCGGCGCCAGGAACUUUUCUCACGACGCCAUCGCUCCGGGGUGGAUGGUGGCGGGGGGGGGGGGGAGUCUGGACAGCAUGGACCACUCCUGAGAGUCUCCACUGAGAGGGACGCUUAAAACUACCGAGCGAGUUAAACUGCCUCCUCUAAUGCGUCCAGUCGUCUGGGCUCCACGCGAGCGUAAACAUAAACUGAGCCGCAGUCCCUUUUUUAUUAUUAUUGUCGUAUUUUAUUUGUUGUACAAACAGCACUUGAAACUGCAGUCAGGGGCAGAGGCUGAGCGCGUACGCUGCCUUCUGCUCGACUGCUGCGUCACGUGAACGGGGGCUGCCUGGUCAUGUGGGGUCACCUGCCACCCCAGCGCCGCGGUAAAAAGGGUGCAGGCAGAUCUGCCCACAGUGGCACCUGAAAGGAGCUCUUCUAAGAUCGGGGUUAAAGUUCGGCGCGGAUCUGGGUCUCAUGCAUAUUGGGAAAUCUUAUACGGCUUCCAAUUUUCUUUUCUUUAAACUAUGGGGCAAAUUGAUGGGUGUAUUAUUUUUUUCGCAAUAAGAUGUCACCGUCGACCGGUCUGCAAAGUCGUCUAAAAUGCUCCCCCCCACACCAAUAAUAAUAUCAACAGAACGACGGCAACAUAGAGAAAAUGGAGAACACUCCUUGUGUUUUCUUUUUUUUACUGUAGAUUGUAACGUUCUGCAAAGGGAAAUGCUGGUAGUGGGUGGAUGCAAAAAAAUACAAAUUGGCUUCACAAGUAGUUCUGUAAUCGCGAAGAACCACACGGUAUGGGUGGAAUGUCAAAUCGGCUGAAUGAGUUUAUUGAGCCUGUGGUGGUCUUGGGAGAAUGUAUUUUACUGGCCUUAAAAUGAGAUCAUUGGUCAUGGGCACAGCGGUUGUGUAAGGAUACCGAUGAGAUUGUGUGUCCGUUGCAGAGACCUCCAUUGAGACGGUGUCUCAUCCACCAGGCUUUCUCAGAUCACAAACAAUAUCUGCUCAUGCAUGCCAAUUGGCAGUUCUUAAGCGUGCAAACAAAACAUGCAAUGCUAGAAGUUACCAUAUUAUGCAUAAAUAUAUUAAGUUCAUGUAUACACCAUUUUUGGAAUACUUUUUUUAACAGCAUUUAAAAAGGAUUUGGAAAUAAGGUGAUGAAAAGAGUGUUUUUACCUACUUACUAUAUAUGAUUAUAUCAAGCCUGGGGUAGGUGGUGAUGUCCUGGUUAGCACUCUGCACUAUGAGCCUGUAAAGCUGAGUUAGAUUCCCGACCACAACUAACAUCAGUGGCGAGUGAUUACUGAUCCUAAGCAUCUUUCACUAUGCCACACUGACCCAACAAAGUAAAAUAUGGUCAAACAACCGCCAUGACUGACAGAAUGGAGAGGCACUAAUUCAACAGUGGAUUGAAAAGGGGCUGUAAAUGAUAUAUAUAUGUUUUACAGACAGUAUUGAACACGUAGUGAGUGAUGUGCAAAUAUGUGCAUACAGUGAAACCUCGGUAUACGUCGUUAUUCGUUCCAGAAGGUAGGACUUAUACCGAAAAUGACGUAUACCAAACGAAUUUUUCCCAUGAAAAAUAAAGGGAAAGGAAAGAAUACGUUCCAGAGGAAAAGAAAUGAUAUUUUAUAUGGCAUAUUAUACAUUAAUCGGGUUGUAUAAAAUAAUUUAGACACUAAUUACUAAAAUGCAUACAGAAGCCACGUGACCAGCGCUGCUGCCAGCUGCGCUGGUCACGUGGCGUGCCUCAACCCCGCAGGUCGCGUGCCUCGACCCGGGGCUCCACCCUCCAUGGGGGCAGCCCCCCACGCCCCCCCCCGCUCCUCUCCCCCACGCCCCCCACCCCUCUCCCCCACGUCCCCUACCCCUCUCGUUUUGUUUCAGUCGUGAACGGGGUAUACGAGGGUACUGUACGUGGUGACUCAUCCCGACCCAUACAAGUUCUAGCAAACGCGACGUAUCCCAAGCAAGACGUCGUAUCCCAAGACAUUUUUUCUCUCGAAAAAACACGACGUAUACCAAAUUCGACGUAUUCCAAAGCGGUUGUAUACCGAAGUUCCACUGUACUUUGAAUAGCGUUUUUUUCUCAUGUUCACUGCCUGUAGUUUAUUCCAUUUGGAUAGAUACAUCAACAUUAAAAACAGCAUCCCCCUGGCACAAACAAGUGUUGCUUGUUCAUCCUGACCCGGAGGUGGAAAUCCCCAUUGUUAUUGUAUACCCCUAUCUCUCUCAAGGACAAUCACUGGUGACUUGCCACUGAUUGCAACAGCCUCAGCAGGUGAUCCCCACAUUACUCCCCAGAAGGGACAUCAAUAAUGGGGCUUAGCCCUGGUCGGGAUUUGAACUCUUAACCUCGUUUACUAUAUUCCGGUCAUCGUUGCAGCGGCUUUUGGCUAACCGUUGAACAAAGACGGUCAUUGUAUCGCACGCUUUCAAAUGCGCUUCUGCGGCCGUCUGGAAUGCUCUUUCGAUAUUAGGAAGCCACUGGAGCUAUGCACUUUUAAAUUUAGUUUGAAAACUAACUUGUUUAGAACUGCUUGUUGUGUUUAGUUUGUUGUCCUACCCCCGCACCUCUGAUUAGCACAGUUGGCUACGUAUGGUGCAAACGAAAUUCAACAUAUUUGUUUAUUAAGAUGUCUCCUGAAUAUUCCCCUUGAGAUGGUACAUCUCCUUUCCAAGGGCGGCCAGCUGUGUUAUUUGACACGUAGAGAGCAAAUGGCGGCCCUGCUGCACUGAGCGAUAUCCCAAGGCAGGCAGUGGGUUGCUUUUGUAUUUGUAAUUAAUACUACGCGGUGUAUGAUUACGCAUGUGAGAUAAGUGCAAUUGUGAUCAUGCAUAGGUUGAGUGAAGUCAUAAUCGAUUGUCCCCGUUGCUGCAAAACCUUUUUUUGUGUGAGGGCUAAUUGGCUGCUGUGUUAUAACUAGGCCUGUAAUGAUUCUUCACCCUCCAGCAAUUUGAUGAAUUGUCACGAUUGGGGGUCCUAGUUCAAUUCAAAAAUCUAUAUUUUUUGUCUUUUUUUUACCGUCUUAGUGUUGUUGUUGUUUCUCCGUCUUUGUAAAAUUUUAAUCACUCCUUUAACUGAAAUGUAGAAUGAGCGUAUCACUCAUAAAUUGUAAAUAGUCCAUUCUCUUGUGCACGUUGCAUGUAUUGUGAGCAUAUGAAUCGCUGUUAAUCAAUGAGGUGGUGCAUCCGUUAGAUGGAUACUCAUUACCAUUUUCUCUUGGACUUAUGAAAAGCUUAUAUUUUGUUUCUUUAAUUUAUUUCCACUUAAUAUAGAUGUCUAUGCAUAUUAUACCGUGUCAGACUGCAUUAAGUUGAACAGUACGUGAUCAUUGCAAGUCAUUUAGUUUUCAAUGCGGCAAAAUACAUUGCACUGUAUAUAUCUAUGCUCCCACGUGUAUGCUUUCCCACCUUUGGCAACCUGCACUGAUCAAUAUGGUGGAUGUAUGGUCAAAUAUCCCCCACGACCUGCACGGUGUGGGGAGGCCCCGAAUCCAGUAGUGCAUUGACAAAGGGCUGUACAUGUAUGUGUAGUAACUUGUUACACCCUGUACAUAGAGUGUAUAUAUCUCUGUAUAAUCACAUGCCGUUGUACCUAUUUUCACAUUUUGAGAAAACAGGGCAACGUACAUGCCAGGUUGAAGAUCAGCAACGUUAAAGAGGUUUUUUUAAAUAUAUAUAAUUGCAAUGAUUCCUAACUCAUUUGCCAUUUAAAAUCAUGGAGAUAAAUGUUCACUCUGUCCUAAUUGUAAAGUUCAAAAUUACAUUCAGAAGUUGCUGAUGGUCAGAAACAUAUUACAGCUUUAGUAACGUUAUCUCGGGCAUGUUGUGUAUGUAGGUGAAGGACAUGGCAUUUGGUUAAAGUACUAUGGUGGUGGUUAAAUUGGAAUGGGUAAAAUGUCUCGUUUCACUUUGUUACCAUUAUUUUGGACAAUCGUUUAAGCAUAUUGAUGGUAAAGAUGGCUGUAGAUUUACAAAAAAAGUUGAUAAAACCUAGAUCAGUUAGUUUAUGGUCAGAAGACGUCUGGCUCUGUGGUUCGCAUCAUGAUCUUACACUUAGCAGUUCAUGGUUUGUAAAUAUACAAAUUAGAAAUUCACAUUCACGUAUGUUAAUUGGUGAUCAUUAAAAAAUGGUUCCUGAGCAAGUUAUGGGUUCUUGAGGACUGAAGGUCACAACCAAGGCUCAGGUUUGUUAUCGGUGGUGAGCUCAGGUUGGAAAGGAUUGGUGCGCACGCAUGUGUGUUGUGUAGGUUUAUAUGGUUUUCUUGUUUUAUUUACUUGUUACACUUCUAUUGUCAUUAAUGCAACGUGAAAAAUGACUGAAAACGGAAACUCAAACUUUAACACACAGCUGUGGCUGCGAUAGACUGUGGGUGGUGAAUGCAGCGUGUGGCAUCGCAUCGACUUGCAGGAGCGGCUCUGUAGGUAAACCGAGCUUCCUGUGCUGUGUUUGAUUUACCCCCCCCCCCCAUCACAGAGUGUGUGGUCAGAGCCACUGGAGAAAGACCGGGGUGGGGUGGGGCCCCCUUAUAAAUAUUUUUUUGACCUAGCCCUGGUUUUUGCUCUGCGUGCCUGGACUUGGCUGACGUAGUCCAGAUGAUUAUGGCACUGAUCUCGUCUGAUGUUACCUCUUAUUUUUCCUGAACGGCGGUGGAUGAGACGGACGGCACUGCGGGGACACGUGCCCGUCCACCGGUCUCACGAUUGAAUCGGAGAUCCAUUCGAUUCCAGUGAUGAUGACCACGUAAACUCUUGAUUGAUUAAUGUAAUUUAAUAAACGACAUGAAGUUUCCAUUUUAGUUCUUGAUUACUUUUCAAAGGCACACUCGUUUACCAUAUUUACCUGGGGGGUAUUUGUUGUUUACAAUCUUCACUUGCGGAUAGUUUAAAAUAUAUUUACGACAUGCAGAAUCAGAAUAUGUAUUUAUACUGGAGGAAUCUGAUGAGCUAUAAAGCCUUUUUUCACAGAUGUCCACGCUUGUGGCAGUGCUGUCAUGGGUUCUUAAUGCUCUACAGCAGAUAGCAUGACAUUGGCAAAUGACGGGAAUCGGACUCUUGAGAGUGUGCAACACAAUCACACAGUGGGAAUUAGUGUGUAGGAGGCACACUAAUGGACGUACAGCUUGGUUGGUGUUUGCGUGCCGCUUGUUGAGCACUUCGCUUUGUAGAUCAGCGUGCAGGCUUCCUCCAAUGUCCACGCGAAUGACCUGGGGUAAAUGGACCGUCCUGUAGUGUGGUAAAUCGUGGGUACGUCCAACUCUGUUUAACACGUCGGCUUUUGUGCCCAAUAUCCUAAUUAGAUCACGUAAAUAUUAAAUCGAGUAAAUAUAAAUGUGUCAUUAAACCCGCCACCACCCAACAGCCAAUUAGUAAGGUUUGUCACGUAAACUAAACGUGCCAAUUUGUUACUAGUUCAGUAACGAAUUGUGGAUUUACUCUCCAACGCACCGGUGUGCUAAACCCGUAACGAAUUUGCUUGUUUUGUUUACGUCCAACUGUGACACCCUGCCUGCGCAGGCAUAUUGUAGUACCGUGGUGUGUUGCCUGAAUGUAACUCGUCAAAAUGAAAGAGGGAGGCUCUCCAGUAGUAAUGAUAUGGGCACUCCACAUACGUACAGCAACAAAGUCUUAUCUGGCCAGGCUAAAUGUUCGGGAACACACAUUAAUGCUGGUACGGCAUACAAGGAGGUUAGUAGUGGUGUUAGCACCGCCAAUAGUAAGUAAGCAAGCCACCUUUGAUUGCACAGCGUUGGUUAUCCACACCUCGCCAGGUACUCGUUUCAGUCUGAAUUCGGGGGAAGAAGGAGAGUUUUUACAUAGCUGUUGUCACUGAUGUGAAUCGUGGCCCCCUGGUUGUUAAUAUGGGUUGCUGGAAUUGUCGUGCAGUGUGAUAACCACCGUGCCACCAAAAUCCCGGCGCACCUACACGCGUAAACAAAAACGCAUAAGUGGUGACGGUCAACAUUUUUUGGGGAACACAAUACUGUGUUCACCAAGCUGGUACAAACGUAAUGUCAUGUCAACUAUAAAGUACAUGCUAGACGGGCAGUCCUUGUUUAAGCAGUUGAGAUCCCACUUGAGACGGGGCGUCUUAAAAGGGAGGCAAGGGUAAUUCCAGUUGCACGGAACACGGCAAAUGCAUUUGUGUUAAGAUUCAUGGACCACCUUUGUCUAAGUGGGCUAUUACACGGCUUAAAUAGUUUAUGAAAACAACCAUUUGCCAUCUAUUGCGCAUUUACGUUCAUUACGUGGUUUGCGACUGAGAGGGUAUGUGUAAUCAUUUUAAUCAUUUUACAGUGCAUAGAUGACCAAACUCCAUUUAUCGUCGGCCACCAUGCUACACGCAUUUCGACGCAACUUUCAUUAUAUGCAAGUUAAUCUCUUAUACAUUUAACUCACCUGACGCUCUGUAAAAUGUUAAAACUAGACUGGUGCGAUGUGAAGAAUAGAGUUUGGCAAACCUUGGUAUCGAAUCAAUCGUGGUUACUUUUAAGUUUAAGGUUGGUUCCUAAGAAGAUGUACACACCCCUUGUGUUUUUUUGCUGAAUGUGCGAAAUAAGUAACAACUUUACCUGCACGUGUCAGUAAGCAGCUAUUGCAAAUUAGCCCCAUGCUUUUACUGGUCUUGAUAUGUGAAGCUGUUGGCAAUGGCCAUAACAAUUGUGAAAUAUAUUCCUGCAGUAAGAUUUUUGUUUGAGUGAAUGUGUUGAAGA